GUCCCUGGGGGAAGUCCUGUCCGCCCAGCCCAAGCUGGCCUGGCUGAGCCACACGACACCAUGAAGUACCCUCUGGUGCCACUGUUGAAUGACCUUACCUUUUCUUUCCUGGUGUUCUGGCUCUGCCUGCCCGUGGGCUUGCUGCUGUUCUUGCUGAUCAUCUGGUUCUGCUUCUUGCUCAGUCAAGAUUCUGAGGAAAAUGACACAGAGAUACACUUCGACUGGAAGGCCUGGAGCAAAGGUUGGGAGGAGACACUCCGUGCUCAAGAGGAGGAGAGACAGGCCUGGUGAGCCUGCCUGGCCAGUGGCCUCUUCACCCACCUUCCAUCCUCUUCCAGUUCCAUUUUCCAGAAGUCAGAGGUGCUACAGCAGUGAUCAAAGUGGACAGGAGCUGCUUGCUGGCUGGGGAAGAAGUCUCCAGCAAGUAAAGUGCUUCUCUGGGACCUCCAACUUGUCUCCUCCAACAGUGGACUCACCAAAACCUUCAGAGGUCCAACACUUUCCAAGUAUAAUCUCUCAGGCCUUGGGAGAAGUGGCCAACAGCAUUCACUUCCAAAGAGGCCCCACAACAAGGCUGUGCACAGGAUCUGUGUUCCCAUUACAGAGAUGAG